CUUACUCCCGACCCCCAUGUUCGCUGCAAAAUCGCCGCCCAAAGGGAAAAACAAGGAAGAAUGGCACAUGGGCUGGUGGGAUUUUCAGCCGCUCGUUGAGCAGCUUAAGCCCAGACGCGCGGAAUGGUCGAAUUCCUCUGUCAUUUUCACCCCGCACCCAACUCAACCAACCAUCCUCGCGCGUCAUUUCUCGUCGUCCAAGCAGUUCAGCAUUCCCUCGCCGGCACCGAUACUCUCAUCCCUGACUGACUUCGACCCCCCAACCAUCAUCUCGGUAUCUCCCAACGACGACUGGCUGUUUGCGUAUUUUCCAGGACGAAGCGUCCCUGGCGCUGGAUGCCUCUGGUAUCGUGGUGCUGAGAUCGACAAUUGGACACUCAAGGACUAUUGGACGCUGCCACUGGGUGCUGGGGUUGUUACAGCAAGUUGGCUGGCCGCACCACGUCAAUGGACGGCUGACGAAAAAGGAUCUUUUAUUCGUCUUCCUACCCGUGGGCCACGAACUCCAGUAUCCUAUCCCACUUUGGCCCUCGUCACGCAGAACCAUCGGUUGACUCUAUGUUAUGUACGGAAUUAUAUUCCAUCUCUCAGGAUGUUUUCCGCUCCUCUGAAUCAGUAUACCGUGGUCCAUGAGAAUUCUUCCGUGCCAACGCCUGAAGCUACUGACAACGGCAGCCUUCUGCGACUGUGCGUCACAGCGGCUAUUGGCCUCGGAUAUGAUGAAUCCUCAAUUCUCGUCGCGACUCGUUCACACAUUAUACCCUUACCUCCUGGAAACCCGGAUACCGAUCAUUUUGAUAUGAAUAUGUCCCUUGAUUUUGGCCAGUCAAAUUCUGAAUCCACUACGCGUUCUGAAGAGAUAUAUGGCGAAGAGUCCAUCAUUGAAGUUUCUGAAGUCCGUCUCCAGUUUGACGGUAUCACGAUGUGCCUCUCGAGUCAGCCACUGCCUCCUGUACGGAACUGGGAAGCACAGCUCACCAAUCUUGUCUUCGUGUGCAAAACCUCGUCUGUUCCUGAGCUCGGAGUUGUCCAAAAUGAAGAAACUAAGGCUUCUAUGUACUUGGUGGCUACUUUUUUGGAUUUUGGUGACUACUCAAAUUUGCCUCAGUCUAAAAUAGUGUGUUACUCCAUGUUGCGGCAUGCUGCUUCCGAUACCAACCAAUCUGCAUGGUCAUAUCACCAGGCCGGUACAAGGACGUAUACGGACGGCGUUCUGGGAUUUCUCGUUCCUACCAAGCCAUUACAAGGUGUCGAUGCUAGUCUGCUCGUUGGCAUACUAGAUUCGUCAGGAUCGUUCCAGGCUGGGAAGACUAAGGACAAAGAGGUGCGAGUCGGUCUGACCACAAUUCUGGAGGUACCGACGUUGUUUGAAUAUGACAAAGAAUGGGAACCUUCUCCCAUUUAUACAUCAGCUACCAGGGUUGGAAAAGAAGUCCCAAUCCAUGCCGUCUUCUCGCCAAACGAGAUGCUGCUCUGUACCGUUUCAUCGACGGUAAGGGCAACACAAACGUCUGUACAUACGGUCCCGAUGCGUCGCGCAUCCAGAGCAUUCAAAGCUGGACUUCCAUCCAUUCUUCCUCUGUCUUCCGGCCUUGCUUCGGCGAUUCUAUCGGGAAAAAGCACGGCCGAUUUCACACACUUACUCUCUCUUUCGACGAUGUCGAUGGAAGAGGUUGGUCACAUCUUAUUUCAAGUGUUGACCAUUGUAGAAACGCAAUCGCGUGGAAAGCUGGGCACGCUGACUUGGCAGACUUUGGGUGUUGCUUUGGAGGUUUAUAGACUCCGAAGUUUGCGGGUGAAGGACGAAAACUACAAGGAUAACUUGACCGCGCGGUGGCAAACUGCGCACGACUUAUGUUCACUGGCAGCCUGUAAUAUCGCAUUUGAAGACUGCAAGGACAGCGAAGGGGCUGAUUUUCACGCUGUCUGGCAAUUCAUCGGGAUCUGUGGAUGGCUGGUGAAUUUCAUUGAAAAAGUCAUGAAAGAAGCCAUGUUGAUCAAUGCCACAAACAAACCUCCGUCAGCAAGCGAAACCGAUGAUCUCUUCGGCGCCGAAUCCACUGCUUCAACCGACCAUUAUGAGGUUCCCUGCCUGCUUCAUAUCGUACACCCUCGUGCUCUUGUCAAUUUGAAAAAGGCGUUAAUCAAUGUCCGUAAUUUCCGGAGCAGCCUUGGUUCAUUAACGACACGGGGAGAGAACUCCCAGAUCGCCAAAGAUGUCUUGGUUGAUCUGGUCGAUUGUUCUGGCGUUGAUCUCAAUGCUUUGGAUCCUUUAUUGGAUGAGUUCAUAUUGAAGUCAAAAGAUAUUGAAGUUGAAGAAGCACGGCGGAGUUUAGCUUCAUGCGAGCCCACGACUUCUAUGGAGCUUCAAUUGCAAGAAAAUAUCAGACGGUUGUGCGAAUCAGGGGUUAUCUCAAAAUCGCGUCUAUACAUCAAGCCUCAUGAGUUAAUAGACGGUUUUGAGAACCUCAGCCUUGAAGGUCCGCGGAAAGAGCAGGAUAAAGAUGUGGUCUCAAAAGGUGUGCUUAUGAAGAAGCAACUUUGUGUGCGAUGCCUUCGAUGCGAUGGCCGUUCAGAAGCUGCUAAGGAUGGGCCGAGGUCUGGAGCAGGUUCGUUGUCUCUUCGUUGGAGAGCCUGGGAAAGGAAAUGGGUACCUGGCUGUGUUUGCGGCGGUUUAUGGGUAACAGCAAAAACAUGAAUGGAAUUGCUGUCAUUCUCAUGUUAGAUGCAUAUUUAUACAAUAUAACCUACAGUUUCUUUUACAGCUUCGCCUCCUCACGGUCGUUCUCUAAGAGAUAAU